ACGACGCCGUACAGACAUCGAGGGAAGGUAAAAAGGCGAGAGGUUUAGAGAAGGAUUGGCUUCAAUGUUUAUGUUGACGACACAUCGUUUAAAGUGUGAUGGCGAGCAUACGUUUCUGCUUGCUGACUCAGCGCGCGUGAUCAAGCCAGGCCCGGUCCAGCCACCAUCAUGACCGAGUGCUUCCUGCCUCCCAGCAGCAGCCCCGCCGAGCAGCGGCGAGCCGAGCACUCGGGCAGCGUGAACCGCACUCCCAGCUCGGAGGAGAUCAGCCCCACUAAGUUUCCAGGCUUGUAUCGCACCGGCGACCCGUCCCCGCCACAUGACGGACUCCACCAUGAGACGCCGGACGCUUACGUCUCCGACGACGACAAGGAGCAUAGCAAGAAGAAGAACAAGUUCAAGAAGAAGGAGAAGCGCACGGAGGGCUACGCCGCCUUCCAAGAGGACAGCUCAGCGGACGAGGCGGAGAGCCCGUCCAAGAUGAAGCGUUCCAAGGGCAUCCACGUGUUCAAGAAGCCCAGCUUCUCCAAGAAGAAGGAGAAGGACUUCAAGGUGAAGGAGAAGUGCCCGAAGGAGGCCAAGGACAAGAAGUCUAAGGACCUCACGGCCGCUGACGUGGUCAAGCAGUGGAAGGAGAAGAAGAAGAAGAAGAAGCCUGUUGCUGUCACUGAGGCCGAGCCGGUCCCAGUUGAGGUCCCCACCUUCAGGCCAAUCUUUGGCGCCCCCUUGGCGGAGGCGGUGAAGCGGACCGCCCUGUACGACGGCAUCCAGCUGCCGGCCAUCUUCAGAGAGUGUGUGGACUACAUUGAGAACUACGGCAUGAAGUGUGAGGGCAUCUACAGGGUCUCAGGUAUGAAGUCCAAGGUGGACGAGCUGAAGGCAGCGUACGACCGCGAGGAGUGUCCCUGUCUGGAGGAGUACGAUCCCCACACGGUGGCCAGCCUCCUCAAGCAAUACCUGCGCGAGCUCCCCGAGAAUCUGCUGGGCCGCGACCAGGCCCAGCGCUUUGAGGACGUGUGCGGGCGCCAGGCGGAGGCCGACAAGGUGACGGAGUUUCAGAGGCUCCUGACCGAAGUGGCGCCCAACAGCCGGCUCCUCCUUGGCUGGCUGGUCACGCACAUGGACCACGUCAUAGCCAGGGAGGCUGACACCAAGAUGAACAUCCAAAACAUCUCCAUUGUCCUCAACCCUACAAUACAGAUCGGAAAUCGGGUUCUCUACAUGUUCUUCACGCAUGUGAAGGACCUGUUUGGGGAUGUUGUUCUGAGGCAAGUAGUGAGGCCCCUUCGCUGGUCCAACAUGGCUACCAUGCCGGCGCUGCCCGAGACUCAAGACAGCAUCAAAGAGGAGAUCAGGAGACAGGAGUUCCUGCUAAACUGCCUGCACAGAGACCUUCAAGCGGGAGUGAAGGACUUGUCCAAAGAGGAGCGUCUCUGGGAGGUCCAGAGAAUCCUCACCGCUCUCAAACGCAAGCUGAGAGAGGCCAAGCGUCAAGAGUGUGAAAGUAAAAUAGCUCAGGAGAUCGCCAGCCUCUCCAAGGAGGACGUUUCAAAAGAGGAAAUGACUGAAAACGAAGAGGAAGUGGUCAACCUCCUUUUGGCGCAGGAGAAUGAGAUCCUGACAGAGCAGGAGGAGUUGAUCUCUCUGGAGCAAGUCUUACGGCGACAGAUCGCAACCGAGAAGGAAGAGAUUGAGCGUCUCCGGGCAGAAAUCGCAGACAUCCAGAGUCGGCAGCAGGGUCGCAGCGAAACAGAGGAGUAUUCAUCUGAGAGCGAGAGCGAAAGCGAGGAUGAGGAGGAGCUGCAGAUCAUCCUGGAAGACCUGCAGAAACAAAACGAAGAACUGGAGAACAAAAACACCCACUUGAACCAGGCCAUUCACGAGGAGCAGGAGGCAAUCUUGGAGCUGCGCGUCCAGCUGCGCCUCCUGCAGGGCCACAAGCUUCAGCAGGACUCAGCCGUCCAGCCGCCGCCCGAGCCGCAGGCGCAGCCGCCCGCCCAGCCCAGCCCAGAAGCAAGAGGCGGCGAGGAGCAGCAGGCCAAGCGUCCCGUCAACACAGCGCCGACCGCCAGCGCCACCACCGACAGCACUGCGGCGCCUGCUGCCAAGGCGGCUAAGGAUCCUCCAAAGCCGUCACCUAGCAAAGAUAGGCGGGACGCAAGUGUGUGAGCCAUCAUUUCUUUUCUUCCAUGAGCCUGUAAGGAGAUGCAGGGGUGAAAGAUAAGAGAGACAUAUGAACCCAAUCAAGUUACGAUUGACACCGUGCCAAAAUCAAGACUAAACAACCGCUUACAACUAAAGCUCUUUCAAAACAAAGAUGAUUUCAAAGAAAGCUGGUACUAUAUAUAUAUAUAUAUAUAUAUAUAUAUAUAUAUAUAUAUAUAUACCGUAUUUUUCGGAGUAUAAGUCGCUCCGGAGUAUAAGUCGCACCGGCCGAAAAUGCAUAAUAAAGAAGGAAAAAAACAUAUAUAAAUCGCACUGGAGUAUAAGUCGCAUUUUUUGGGGAAAUUUAUUUGAUAAAACCCAACACCAAGAAUAGACAUUUGAAAGGCAAUUUA